AUGCCGGGACUUCUCAAACUCUCCCAGGUGGAGGGCUCGUUCGAUGAAUUAGCAACAGAACUCGCAACAUACCUCGAUGGCGCCAAGGGCGAAAGCUCAACUGUUGCGACCGAUGUAACCGCACUUCUCGCCGACGCAGAAAAGCCUGAUGGACCCAAAGAGACGGACCGCGAUGCUGUCUUGAAGAAGCUGGUUCUUGCGAGCUCCGUCCUCAACAACGCGCCGGAGCGUGAGCUUCAGGCUGCAUACAACCUCCUCCUCCAUCUGAUCUCACAAGUUGAAGAACCCGGUCGGUAUCUCCAGCCGAUCUGCAGAUAUCUCACACAACCCAUCACCUCUUCACCGCACAACGGCACUGGCAUCGCGCUAGGAAUUUUCGCGUCAGUAUUCAACACGAUUCAACCUGAUGAUGAGACACGAUUUCAUGUCCUCCUCGCCAUCAUCGAUGUGAUCAAGAACUCCAACAAUUUCGACACACUUCAACCGCAACUUAAGAAUGUAGACAGCUGGGUGGAGGAGUGGGAGCUGGAGCCGGAGGAAUCACAAAAGCUAUAUCUCGCCAUUUCUUCGGCUGCAAGCGCUGCACGAGAAAUUGACGAGAGCUACAUCUACUUACUCAAGGCUCUGCGUACCACUCAGGAUGAGCCCACUUCCGCUGCAUCACGCGAUAUUUCUAUUCGUGCCCUGAAGGUCGCACUCCAGAGCGACAAGCACUUUGAUUUCCAAGACCUCAUUGCCCUCGACAGCGUUCAAGCCCUCCGAAAGUCAGAUCAGACCUGGUCGGAACUACUCGAGCUGUUCUCGUCCGAAACAUUCGAGGAUCUACAGGAGUUCAAGGAGUCCAACUCGGGUUUCUUGUCAUCGAAUGAUCUCUCGGAGGCUGUCCUUGACCGCAAGAUGCGUCUGCUAACGCUCGCAUCUCUCGGGGCACAGGAAGCCAAAUCACGCACACUCUCUUACGGUAACAUUGCAGAGGCGCUUCAGAUUCCUCUUGAAGAUGUAGAGUCGUGGGUAAUUGACUCGAUUCGAAGCGGAUUGGUUGAAGGCAAGCUCAGCCAACAGAAGCAGGAAUUCCUCAUCCACCGGAGCACAUACCGAGUUUUCGGCGAGAACCAAUGGCGAGAGGUCGCCAGCCGUCUUGAAACCUGGAAGAGCAGCUUGACCAAUGUCCUUGCUGUGAUUCGUGCUCAGAAACAGGAGUUUGCAGCGGACAAGGAGGCAGAGCUCAGUGGCGCGAACACCAACAGCAACUCAAACAACCACUGGCAUCAUGACGGACAACGGCACGAGGGUGGUCGUGGUGGCAACUACCGAAACGACCGGAGGCAGCGAGGAGGUCAUCACCAAGAUGGCCAGCAGCGGGAGCAGCGUGAACAACGCGAGCCGCGAAGAGAGGUGCAGUUUGCUGCGGUCGCCGGUGAUGAUUAG